AUGGCUGCCCCCAGACCCCUGGUGAUGCCAGAGAUCAUCAAAAAGAGAACCAAGAAAUUCAUCCGGCAUCAGUUAGACCUUGAUGCCAAAGUUAAGCAUAAUCGGUACAGUUCCAGAAACAUCAACAACAGGGUUUGGAGAAGAUUAAAGGGCCAUAUCUUGAUGACCAGCAUUGGUUACGAGAGCAGCAAGAAGACAGGGCACAUGUGGCCCAGUAGCUUCUGCAGAUUCCCAGUCCACGAUGUAAGGAGCUGGAUGUGCAGCAAAUCUUACUGUGCUGAGAUUGCUCACACUGUUUCCUCCAAGAAGGACAAAGCCAUCGUGGAAGGAGCAGCCCAGCUGGUCGUUAGAGUCACCAAUCCCAAUGCCGGACAGCACAGUGAAGAAGAAAAUGAAUAG